AUGCUUGUUUGCCUCAUUGGAGCUAUUAGCACCUUUGAGCUUACUAAAACUUUGGAAUCAGCUAAAAAGUUCUUUGAUAUUUCGAUAAGAUCUGAUAGUAAGAACCAACUAUAGGAUUCUAACAAAAACAACUCAACCAGUAACUCCAACUCCAACAAUGCUAAUGCCAACUCAAAUAAAUCAAGCACAAAUUCUAGUGGCAAUUCAAAUAAAACAAACACAAAUUCUAGUGGCAAUUCAAACUCAACUAACAUUACUAACAAUACAGUUCCAACUAUCCCAACUCCAACUAAUGACAACUACACAACUGUUAGAUAUUUGGCUUGGGCUAUUAGAUCAACACAAACUGGAAUUUAUAGAGGCCUCUACAAGUCUUCAAACUACACUGCUAACGAGAAAUGCAUGGAUAGAGUAUCUGUUGAUAACAUGUAUUACAUGAUGAGAUCAUAUUUCAACAGUUCAUUAAUAAACUAUGGUAUCUUCCAAAGCAUUAGAGAUCUUACCUACUUGUUUAUUCAAAAUUGUGAAUUCGAUGACAUUCUAUAUGAUAUCGCUGUAUUCUGCAACACUCAUGACUGUUCAUUUGAGAAAAUUGGAAGUAACAUGAUGGGAACUUUUAUGCAAAUUUCAGCUGCAGCUACUGAACAAGCAAACCUUCUUCAAGGCCCCCUUCCUAAUAUGAAAAGCUAAAUAGAAGUACAUAAUUUCUAUUCAAAUUUCGCUCUCAACUUUGGAAAAGAACUUAGAUAUGCUCUAGAUUUCUAAUAUAAACCAUGA